AUGAUCAAUUCACAGAUUUCUAUCAAUGAUCUUCCACAUGAAUUAUUGUCCGAAAUCUUUCGAUUUAUUCGACCUAUUUCAUUACUUCUUCGUGUUUCAACUACUUGUCAUUUGUGGCAUCAAAUCAUCAAUAAUGAAUGGUUUCUCAAUAAAUAUUUUGUAAAUGGUCUCAAUCGAGAUCAACUCAUCGGAUGGUGGAAGUUUGAUGAUAUUAAUAAUAUUGGACACGAUUCCAGUGGUGUUCUUACGAAUAAUUAUACGUUAAUCGGUCAACCAACAAUCGAAGAUUGUUUUCUUGGUAAAUGUGUUGUAUUCGAUGGUCAAUGUUCUAUUGAUUUUCCUGUUCAAGAUAAAGUUCAGUAUCAAACAACUACUUAUUCAGUUUCUAUUGUGUUUUUGGCGGAUUAG